AUGGCGGCAUUUUUGCGUACAUCCAAACUCUUUUCCAUUAAACUGGCUGGGCUAAACGGAGGAGAGAUAUACUUCAACCCGAUGGAACUCCUUCGGGUGUUUCGUCUUCAUUGUUUACGCGAGCAAGGCCUUCCGGAUUCACUACACAUCCUCCUUACAUGUAGAAUCAAUGAUUAUGUGCAAGAAAUCCAGUCUAAUGUGUUUCCAGCUUCCUCGACCACAAACAGAGAGCAUUUCAAUGUCAAUGUUCCGUGUUCAAUGUUGGAAAGUAUAAAAACGGAAUUCCACACAGGAAGACCACAGCAGGAAGCAGCAACAAACAGAACACCAGAUUUGGAAGAGGCAUUGCAGUGGAUGUGUCUAGAGGCCAGGGUGCUGCCUUGCCAGAUGGCAGCAGGUCGUUCCCGUUCUUCUAGAAACGAGCAUCAAUAUGUGGAUUGUGAAUCAGAGGACGGCGUGUCUGGGAUCGAGUGCAUUGCAUGCCAGCAACCGCAGUUGGUGGUAGACACGCCGAUGGACAGCGAAGAAACUCGUCUACUCGCUCUCUAUCCGAGCCCGCGAUAUCACAACCGUGAGGGGAAGAAAAAGCGAAAUCCAAUCAAUGCACAGACACGUCGAUGCCAUCAUCAUUCACAUUAUCGCAAUCACCAACCACCGUCUUGCAUGUGCGCAAUCUCGCCAACCGUCGCCCCGAGUUUCGAGUCGCAGGCAAUUCAAUCGACAUGUCUAAUCUGUCAUCACUCACAUGCGGAUUCGCAUGCGUUCUCCAGCAAAUUGUUCAUACGAGCUGGCUAUCUGGACAACUCACACACUUUUGUCAACCGUCGGCAAUCGCGUAGACAGCCGGGACAUGUAUCGCAGUCUACGGGAUCUACUGGCAUUUACACCGACGGUGCACAAUUGUGUAUACGUACCCAACCACCCCAUUGUUUUUGUACACACCUACCGAAAUCUGCCACUUCCCUCAUGUCCAGUGUGGAAUACGCCGACUACAUUGAUACGCAACACGAUAUUCUGAAGUAUCCUGGCGCUCCACAUAAUGCCGACCAUGACACCUGCGUGUUCCGUAACAAGCACCGCGUGUGUUCUUCCUCCCCCUUCUCGACAUGCUCCUCAUACGCAUCGUCAUCAGACCUGUCCGAAUCCUCAAAAUGUGGAACCGAUCUUUCAGACACUGCAUCUGCCGGCGAAUACUCCUUCCCGUUCACGGUGGAUGACAGCUAAACCUGGAAACCGAUAUUUUAUUGAUUUGUUCUCACUUGGGAACAGCAUAGGACCUUUGUAUUCGUAUUCUGCAAAGAGACAGGCAAAUAAUCUAGGUUGUUUGUUAAUAUUUCUCGCGAUGUCAAGCGUACCAACAGAUAUAUGGGACAGUUUGCCGAAACAUGCUUUACGGUUAUUUUUCUCAAUGUAAAACCCUCUCAACAUAAAACGUGAUACCGUUAAAUAUAUUUGAGCUUUUAUUUAUCUUCCUGUUCAUUUUGUUCUUUAAGCCAAUACAUCUUCAUCUGAUCUUUUCAUCUGUCGACUACGAACCUUCCCGCAGUUUCGUACAAAAAAGAUGUUAUCGGUAACCAUUUUGAGUGAUUCCUGGUUAUAUAGUUGUUGAUCUGUCCGAUUAUUUUCGCCGCUACUUUAAUUAAGGUUGUGUGAC